AUGUCAGCACCCCUCAACAACGCCGCUGCCGCCCAGACCACUUCCAAGCUCCAGGCUUUCCUCAACCACCCCGCCGGCCCCAGAACCAUCUUCUUCUGGGCGCCCAUCGCCAAGUGGGGUCUCGUGGCGGCUGGUCUCAAGGACCUCCAGCGUCCUGCCGAGAAGCUGAGUGUGUCCCAAAACGUAGCUUUGGCUGCUACCGGAUUCAUCUGGGUCCGAUACUCUAUGGUCAUCACUCCCGUCAACUACUCCCUCGCCGCUGUCAACUUCUUUGUCGGCUGCAACGGUGUCGCUCAGCUCUACCGGAUCUGGGACUGGAGACAGAAGAACCCCAACGCUGUUACUGCUUAG